AUGGCCCUCCCCUCUGUGGCUCGUCGUACUUUCGUCUCCAAUAUUCCGCGUCUCAAUGUCCUGACGGGAAAGAAGGCCACAGAGCCGGCAUCCGUGGGUGCCGAGGGACCCCAUAGACGUGACAAGGUCCCCUCGCCACCCAAAAGGGAAGAAGUUGCAACGGGUGUGCCGUCUACAAUCAAAGGCGACUGGGUCUUGUUCCAUCCUGUCUACACUUCCGAGGAGCUGCGGUCUGUUGACAUAUUGCACCGAGAAUCGAAAACAUUUUCAGACCGGAUUGCCUACAAUUUUGUGGGGGUUCGAUGUGGCUUCUGGCUACAAGCACAAACCCUUCCACCCAAUCAUGAGAGCAUGUCUCUUGAAGAGCUGAGGAAAGGUGGCUAUAUCAUGGACGAACGCCAGUGGCUGAGGAGUAUUGCUGGUGUCCCAGGAAUGGUGGCGGCUGCGUUACGCCACCUGAGAAGUCUGCGUCUACUGCGUCGUGACUCCGGAUGGAUCCAUACGCUCUUGGAAGAGGCCGAGAAUGAGCGAAUGCACCUCAUGACCUUCCUCUCGCUGCGGAAACCUGGGCUCAUCUUCCGUGCCAUGCUCAUCGGCGCCCAAGGCGUCUUCUACAAUACAUUCUUCCUCUGCUACAUGCUUUCUCCGCGCACAUGCCACCGCUUCGUCGGGCAUCUGGAAGAGGAGGCCGUGAUCACUUACACACGAUGCAUACAAGAAAUUGAGGCGGGCCGCCUGCCGGAAUGGGCGAAUCAUUCCGCGCCAGAGAUCGCAAAAGACUACUGGCGCCUCGAGCCCUCCGCUAAGCUGCUCGAUGUCAUCUACGCGGUGCGGAGUGACGAGAGCACGCAUCGGUUUGUCAACCACAGUCUGGCCAACCUGAAGCCUAAUGACAUCAACCCAUUCGCGCUCCGUGAGCCCGACAUGACUGUCAAGGGCAAGAAGAUUGCUUUCGACCGCGACGAGGCCAAGCAAUACGCAGAGAGUCGCAUCGUAUUCUUGACGAACGCGAGAAUCCUUGAAGACCCUCUGGUUGCAUCCAUUCAUAGCUCAUGA